UCUUCCCCAUCAUCCCUUCUAUCUCUCCCGCCGAACAAGCUUCGUGUGGUUCACACUCACUUUCUUUCAUCCCUUUCUAUUGUUUCUCUCUUUUUUAUCGUUGCGCCGAUCAUAUGGGAGAGCAGAUGCGAUGUAAUUACCCGUGGAACCACAAGCUUGUUGUCCUGUCCCCCAUUGAGCGUGCUAACCUCUUUCUAUCUCAAAAGCCUCUCAUAUAAUCCACAAAGAGUCGUCUGGGAUUACCUCCAAUAAUGGAUACUGUCCUGUGAUUUCUGCAACUUUCCUCUCAGCUCCACGCCAUCCGCUCAACUGCUGCCCCCGUCGAACCCGUAAUCACUGAUUACCCCACAUCUCUCCUUCGCACCGUGUUUCCAUCGCUUUCCAGCUGCGCUAGCCAACCACAACACCUUCUUUCACCAUGAUAUCAGACGAACUCUUGGAAGAGUGUCUGCAGAUCCUCCAAGACGAAGCUUUAGAUGAGGAGGAUCAGGCCGAGAAAGUCGAAGACUUUAUUCGCGAAAAGACCUCAUUAUCUGGCCCAGCUCUGGAAAAUGCCGUCCUCGACGUUCUCUGGCGCCAUCGAAAUCGCACACUACCUGAUUCCUCACCACCACCUCCUCGUCAUACAGUUAUCCGUCGUUCGUCCCCCGCUCCUUGGCAGAUGGCACGCUCAGCCACGCCCUUAUCGCCGCAUUCCAACCUAGGCACCAGUCCUGGAAGCACGUCAUGGCUUCAGAGUUCCCGAGGGGGCUAUCCACGACCUCCACUUUCCUCGACAGUAUCACCGUUCACCUCACCGCGUCCGUCGCCCCGGCUUGCCCUGGCCCAGCCUAUACCUCAUUCUCCGAACUUGAAUGCGUACGAAUUCUCCGACCAGAGCCACGUGUCGGACUUUUAUGGAGAUUUUGGCAGUGAUAGCAAUGUGGAUUGGUUGGUCGCGGAUGAUGCCAACAGUGUCGCAUCAUCCUUCGGCACGCCCAGUAGUACGGCCGCAUUAAGUGCGACAGCACCGGAGUUUGUUCCUGAUAUGAGCCCGCACGACAUUCUGCGCACUGUUCUUGGGGACAAACGGACAAAUGAUGAAAUAGAAGCAGCCUUGGAAGCGAACAGCUAUGAUCUCGGAGCGACAAUCGCAUCGCUUUCACAAUUUCCAGACGGAGAAAACUUGGUAAACCCAGCGGACGAUAGCCAUGUCGUGGUGGGAAAGUCGAUGUCCAUGGAACAGUCGAAAUCUUCCAGUCCGUCCUUGCAGAGUCGCAGUCCGGUGGUUUGCAAAUACUGGCUGUCCACCGGACAAUGUCUUCGUGCCGAUUGUCGAUUUAGUCAUGAUCUCACCAAUCACCUUUGCAAGUAUUGGGUGAUGGGAAAUUGCCUUGCAGGCGACGGCUGCCCAUUUUCCCAUGACCCGUCAGCCCUGGUUGCAAACAUGAGCCUGGGAGACGGUAGCCAAACAAUUCCAACCGGCCCGCAGUUUCACAUUGAGAAUGUUUCAGACGCGUUCCCCCCUCUCCAGUCGGCGGGCGGAGAUCAAUGGAGUGGCCAGUACCUCGGAAAGUAUCCCGGCCACCUAUCGGGCCUUUCGGCGGGGAAGCAUUCGCCGCAAGCCAUGCAGUAUGCCAUGGGAAAACGUAAUGGGAGCAUGACGAGCCUUUCUCGCCCCCAUUCUCGGCCCGGAAGCCGACACCAGCAUAGGGAGUUGAAUCCUGCUGCUCUGUCGGUGGAUGAUCCAGAUGCAUUUCCUACUUUGGCUGCCAUGAGUGCGAGGAAUAGUGGGAAGAAGCAUCAUGGAAAACGAGGCAUGCAUAAUCGUGAAAACAACCCCAGUAAGGAAAAUCUUCCCGCUUCCUUGGCGGAUGUUGUUCGUAUGUCACCAUCACCAGUACCGGGAAAAGGCAAAUCCACAUUGAAGAAUGGUAAGGAUGCAACUAGAGGCCGGGAGUUUAGCGCUGCUGCCCAGUCAAUCCCAGCGCCGCAGAAUAUUCCAUGGCUGGAGACAGGAGCCCGGGCCAACGAACAGUAUAUCAAGUAUCGGACAAAGGCCAUAAGCCAUGGUACGGUGCGGAACAAGUUUCUUCAAGGUGCUGCCCAAGCCUGGAAUCGAAACGAUGCCCGGGCAGCCAAAGCAUUGUCACUACGGGGUCAAGCGGAGAACGAAGCAAUGAGGAAGUGUCAUCGCGAAGCAGCCCGGCAACUUUACGAAGAACGAAACAAGCAUCUAUCUCAUGCUGGCUUAGAGGAUUUAUCAGAAGAACUAUACGUUGAUCUGCACGGACUGCACCCUGAAGAAGCAAUCGAAUAUUUAGAGAAAAUUCUGUUGAAACAUGCUCGUGAAGGUCGGAAAGUCGUCUAUGCCAUCACUGGCACGGGCCAUCAUUCGAAGAAUGGAAAGGAUAAGAUUGGCAAAGCCGUCAAGGCCUGGCUGAACGAAUGGAAGUAUCUUUUCCGCGAAUUUAGCGUUCCGGGCGAAAGAGGUGGGUAUGUUGGGGGAAUCUUAGGCAUCGACCCUACGAGUUAUGACAAGAGCUUGGCCAAGAGCCUUGAAGAGGGUGCCGAAGGGAAAUCGGACGCUGAUACCACCCCACCUGUGCUAACGAUGGGUAAGAUCCAGCUGUUGAAACGCGAAGACUUGGAGCCGAAGUCAUAAUUCAUGCAUCUUCAUGGGGCCCCGGGUCUUGCUCCUCAUGAUAUAUAACGCGGUCUUUCAUACCCAUAAACUUCUCCUCUCUUUUACUCUCAUUAUCUUCUCGGUCACAGCUCAGCCGAUACCUCUGGGAGGCGGCCGUGCUACACAUCGGUGUUAGCCAAAGAGCAGCAAGCGAACCUGGAGCAGAACACUGCCCCCUUGCGCAAGGAGGGAUGCCACGAGCAAGUUGGGAGAGCCAUAGGCAAGAGCUUGAUUAGACCUUCUCUUUUGACCAUUCCUCAUGUAGAGCGUUUAGCCAACCCAUCUGUUCUAGCGUGCUUUUGCUUUACCAUUCUUACCAUGCAGACAAAUCCGACCUUACGCCGGACGGGGUAGGCUAUGCUAGAUAUGGAAGAAUACUUAACAUGUAUAUAUACUUUUGAAAGCAUACAUGUAUGCAUCUAAUCCAGCCAUGACGCCAAC